AUGUCAACGAUUCCCAUGCAAGAGCCAAUCGCCUACUUCUCUCUCGAGACGGCAGCCGAUCUCGUCGGCGUGACUGCGGAGUGCCAAGGUGGUAAAUGCACGUCCGUGGCAUUUGAAAUUGUGUCCGCGUUCGUUGACCGGGUCUAUCUGCAGGUCGGUGCCCGGGGGGUCGGGACCGUUUCCGCCGACAUUGUCUGGGGCGCGAAGCUUGUGGAGGAACUUGGCAAAAGGAUCAAAGGGAUCAAAAGGGCGCCAAAGGCUGCUUACACGCCUCAUCAUCCGGAGAACUCAGAAAUCAAGGGCAUCUCCUUCCUCGAGUUCCCGGAACCACUUUUUCAAGACGCCAACGGGGAAGUUGCCUAG